AUGGUGUAUUUUGUAUCGGCAAAGACCACAAACGACAGCACAAGAAAUUUCACGGUAAGACGAACAUAACAGAUGAUAUAGGACUCACUGUGGGGGAUUUUAUUCAUAGAGUAAGAUAAUUUGGGCUCCAAUGGAAUCGAAGAUUCCCUGGAGAAGUGAACAACUGCAACCAUUUACCACCUAAAAAAUCUUGCCCCAUACUGUUUUGGAUACUUAAACUGUUUAUUUAAGAAGAUCAAAAGGGCGGCAGGUUUCAGGUAAGUUUGUUUUAGUUUUCGCGAUAAAAAAGAGGAAAAUUUAAACCGUAAACCGUCCAAAGGGCUAAGAAGACUAAAUAUAACGUUCGCUAAAUUGGUUUUUGACGAAGAAUUACUGCCUAACAGAUAUCCAAACAAUCCAGGUGGAAUUCACCGUGUAACUCUCACAUGUCAUGCCACACACAGAAAGUAAGUGAUCGUAAUACUAUUCCCGUUCUUUAUGUCCUUUCUCUAGUCUACUUGCUAACUACGAGAGAGAAAUGAAUUUUGUAUGACUAUAAUCGAGUUUCUAUUAGAAAUGACUACUUAACAAUACUAUAUUUAUUUUUAUAUUUUUAAGUUCUCCUGCUUUGUAAAGGUAAACCUGUAUGUAAGAGGAUACCGUGUGUUUAUGUUUACGAAGCAAAAGCGUCAGUGAGUGAUAAACUUUCUUCUUAUAUCUUCUGCCAAAUCAGAAAUCAUAUCAAGCAAAAACCAGCGAGCAUCUAGCGAGGGCUGAUUUCGCUCAAUGGGUGGGUCACGUGUACAGUACGUUUUAUAGAGACUUGAUGAAGACCAAACACGGCUUGAAAUUGACAAAUUCUCACUGAUUUGGAAAUUGAAGAUAUCAAAAUUCACUUCAUUCGAGGCUUAAGACGCAUUCUAAUUCAAUUCAACUGAUCUUUUCCAAAUCAUAUUAGGUACAAAAGGGUGAAAAAGUGCGAUUAUCACUGAGGGUUCUUUAUCUAAGAAAGAGCAAUUUUUCUUUAUUAACUACCAUGUCUGGCAGUUGCCGUUAGAGAAAGAAGUAAGGGCAAUGAAAAGAGCUCAGAAUAGAUAAAGCUAUUAAUUAAAUUGCUUUUCUUUUCCUUGCUGUAUACAGAGAAUUAUAUGACCUGAGAUACUUCCAUUUACAUGGGAAAACCGGGAAUUCCAACUUGGGCUGAGUGCAGUAUUUCCACUCGUUUUAGUCUGUAAUAUUUGGACAUACUUUGUCUGCGUCCCAGACGUAAUUAUAAUUUACCCCGGUUAGUAAGGCGUCUGGGAAGCUGCGCCGAAAUCCUUGUUCUGGGCCCCAACAGAGUAAACGAAUUACCGGAUUAUGUGUUUCGAAUUUCCUUUCAACCUGACUGGCAGAUCGGCAAUUGCAUCUUUAACAGGCCAAUCAUGGUGCAAAUCCUCAUUUAGCCUGCGGUGCAGGCGUUUUCUUCGGGCGCGUGAAUGUUUUGCGCGCGAAAGUGCCGUGUUGAAACUCGAAAAGAGAGGAGAAAAUGAGGCGAGUCAAAAGGAACGGGUUAGCCCUAGCACCUACCCUAAGGGUUACUAUUUUUACUCUCCCUAAUCUUUCUCCGUCAUAACAUCAAAGAUGGCGGUUACAACAGUACGAACAUUAACGAGCAGCUUUCGCCCGCCCAAAAUACGCCUGCACUGCAGGCUAAUCCUCAGUGCUACACAGCUAGGGGCUCAGAACAAGGAUUUUAGCGCUUUUUCGCAGGCGGACCUAACCAGAGUUUAGUUUUCCCACCUCGUCAAAUUUUAUAGUUUUAUAUGUUCAUGCACAAGAUUUCCACUCGGAUGGUUUGUGUUAAUGAUAGGCACCCCAUCUGGGAAACUGCCCACCUACCCCUCCCUUAAGUCAACAUUAACACUUAGUUCUCACUUAGUGCAAAGUGUUGGCUUAGGGGAGGGGAGGUGGGCAGUUUCCCUGAAACGUAUAAUAAUCCGAAAAUGGGAGACCUGGAUGAGAUGUGGAGGGCGGGGGUUGUGCUUAAUAAGCCACAUAAGUUGACAGGGUUCCUUUUUAAUUUUUCGAAAGACGCCGAAAAAUCAUGCUGCCCUCGACCAAGCGGAAUUUGGUGCUAGGAAUCUUCCUAGUGAUUGUCACUCUCGUAGUACUAUACUCAUACUGUAAUGGCAGCUCUGUUUGCUACACGUUUCCUUUCUUCAGUGGACUGGAACGGGACAGGCUGGUUAAACCGGAAGUAGUGGUGACUUCCGUUAUUGUACAGACCAAGCGGCCAUUUGAUGUAGGAAGAUUUUCUGAAAAGUCACAAGGUAUGAAGUUGUUUAUGUGUAGAGAGCCUGUGGUCACAGCAGCUUUUCUUCUACCCCUCGGACCUUAAGCUACUGUAAAAUGGGUGAUAACAGGUGCAAUUUGUUUUGCAACUGCUGUAAAACGAGUUGAGAACUGUGAUCUUGCUGUUUUUACCACCGGACCCUCGUUCAAACCUAUCUUGCAACAAUUCAGUCCGUUGUAAGUUGCUGGAGUACUGACUUCUGAUUUGAUAAAAUUACGCGGUAGUCACUCCAUACACGGGAUUUACGUCACUUGCUUGGACAGAUUUUGUUGCAAAAAGGAGAACUACUUUCCUACUUCCUGCAACAACUUGAUUUGUAGCAGGACAGGUACGAUUCGUGUGUGGUAAAACGCACAACAUCGCUAUUCCACUCGUUUUGCAACAGUUGUAAUAUUUGCACUUUCUGUCAAACCGAUUUACCGUACCUUUAGCUGAGAGGAAGCAAUGUUGUAGUCAUUCUAUCAUCUCAGAUAAAUCUUGAACAUUCUUUAAAUAUGUCCAAUUCUAAGAUAUAUUUUAUUUUUAUUCAUUAUUAUUGUUAUUGCGCUUUUUGUGAAGAUGAAUUAGAUAGAGUUAACCUCACUAUCUCCUUUUUGCUUGAAAAUAAACGGUUAUUGAGAUUGUUAGUGUCGGCUCUAUUGAAUUGUGGGAGGGGGAGGAGCGUUUGUAGACGCUGUCAAAAGUAUAGCAGUUCAGUCUGUCUUUUAAGAUAUUCUUGCUAACAGAAGCGCAUCAACAAAACUUUCGCAGGUAAACAUGGCGAGUCCAACGUAAAACAAAGUGAGCAGUUCAUUGAGGAAUUUCAUAUCAACGACGAGAAAAAGACGAAGAACGAGACAAAGGAAGCGGAGAAGCUUUAUUUCGAUCACAACAAAACCUUUGUUAUCCAAGAGGAAAGAAGAAAUAACAAAACACAGGCAAAGACAACUUCUGAACGCCAAACACACCUCCUUCCACCUUCAGACAUUGUGGGAAAGGUAGCGGAAGAAAUUCUACGGAAGGCAAACGUUUCAGAAAAGGAAGCCAAUAGAGAACUUAUUCGAGUGGAGAAAGUCGACGAAAUUGUUGACAAUGAAAGGCAUAGGCAAGAGAAUGCUUUGCUAAGAAAAGUGAAGGAGUCGAGGAGGGCGGGCGGGAGUAAAGCUGAGAAAAAACUAGUGCGAGUUGAAAGAGUUGACUUAACUGACGAAGAAGAAGAGGAAUAUAAAUAUCAAUCAGAAAAAGGAGUUACUGGAUCUCAUAAUACAUCUGUUGAAAGUGCCGCUACAAGAUCGAGAAGAAAAGAAUUCAUUACGGAACCAAAAUACGAGAAUUUGGAAUUGGCUCAUGCAAGAAGAUUAGGGAUUUUAAAUGCAACAAGCAAUAUUCCAAGUUUGCAGAUUGAGAAAAACAAAACUCGCAAUUUUUCAACUAACACUGCAGCCGCUAAUGAGCUUCUUAGCACGCCUCCGCCAUUCUUUGCGAAUUUCUUGAAUAUAACCGCAAGAGAAAGAGAAAUGUUUGUUCUCCUUCAUAACUUCACGAAGGAGAGUAAGCCGCAUGAGCCUCUUGAUGGACGAGAGAAUAAGAUUGUUCUUCAUGAAAAUGGUGCCGAAAAAGAAAACCUCACAGUGAUAGGAGACAUGAACACAUCAUCUGCGCAUGUACAGAACGUUGAUGUUCGCGAGAAAAGGAAUCUUGGGGAAGCCAGUCUACUUGAUACUCUAGUGGCAAAGCUGCUCAAUAUUUCAAGUGAAAGGCAAACCAUUCCAAGAGAACCAAACAUGUCUGAAAUACCUGACGAAUCUUUAAAUUUAACUGCUAUUCUGGCCAAAAUAACUGGCAAAGGUCUUGAGACCAAAUACAGAGACACACCGGUUUCAGAUAACGUUUCAGAUAACACUGCGCUCUUGGUCAAAUUUCUAAAGGAGGGCAGUCGUUAUCGACUACGCAUGCCCCAUAAUGUCACUGCUGGAAAGUUAGACGAUGACAGCAGUCAAAUUGCUACUAAGCUACAAAGCUAUAAAAAAGAGUCGAAAGAGUCUUCUUUUGAUCUGAAAAAUGUUCUUUUAGAUUUAACAAAGAAAAUGAAAUUGAACUUUCGUAGUAAUCUCUCUGAAAUGGCAAAGGACAAAGACCAUAAAGCUGAUCUUGAGAUGUUAAAACUACUGUUACACCGAAAUGACUCGCACGAUCUUGGCACUUUCAACUUGAGCAAAGUGUUAAAAGAAAUAGCGAGCAAUUCCCUCAAGAACAUUUUAGCUGCUCUGCAACCAACUAAAGUCAAGCGUGACAGAGAGGACGAUGAUCUGGAGACGAGUGGGACCCAGUCUGAUGUGGAAAUAUUUAGACCUACUCCAGAUGAACUGGAAUCCAGUACAAAAGAACAUAGCCCUUCAGAUGGUAAUAAACAACCGUCUUCAACACAUGCGUUAUUAAACACGACGAGCUCUUUGACAAGUUUUGGCGAGGAAUCUAGAAAAAAGGGUCUUUCGUUUAUAAGUGGAAGAGGGGCGGAAGAAUUUGAGAACGAAACAUCUGAAAAAAGGUUUGUUUGAAUUUUCUUAAAAUCCCGCUCUUUUCCGGGGGGAACUCCCACAUGAAAGGGGCGGGGUUGCUCUGCGUCUCACUUAGGGGUGUAAAUUUCGGAUUUUGGUCUCACUUAGGAUGUUCUAGUCAAAACACCAUUAUAUUUAGCCGUAAAGGUCUCAUUUAGGAUUGCGCGCGAAGAAAUAUUAAAAAAUUAUAUAUUGUCAUAUUUAUUCGAUUCAUGUAAUCAAAGUUUAGAAUGGUCUUUUUUAGGGGUCAAAAGAAGGUUGGGCCACGCCUAGAUUGGUCUCCCUUAAGGGUUUUAUUCAAAAUUUUCGACGAGCAUCCCCGGCCAUUUCAUAUGGGAGUCCCCCCCGGUGCUCUUUAUUGUAGCACCUACGUACCAGAAAAAAAUGAAAGAAACUUGUACAGAACACAAAAUAUGAACGUUCACAUAUACCUCACAUAUUGAUUGAAUCACUGCUGCUGAAAGAUUGUUUAUUCUACACCAAGCCAUACAAAUAAGACAUAAUGAUCGAGUGGAGAAAACAAACAAAAACAGUUUAUUUACGGUCUUUUUAUAGAACAAAAUUGCGGACCAUUUGUUUUAUAAGUUGCAAAUGUCAAGAAAGCCAACACCAUGCGAAAGAGGUAGAAAGAAACAAACUCCAAGGACCAAGUGCCUGACAUGAGACCGAACGUAAACGACGAUAAAAACAAACUUUUGAGCGACCAAAACUAAAAUAUUUUACAGUAGUAAGCCUGCAUGUCUUUAUUUUCAUUACAGUCAAGGGUCAGACGACAAAAAGAACCAAAUUGUUCCAUCAAAGCCGAAGAAACAACGCGAGCGAUUGAAACGGGCAACAAAUGGACUUUUGAAGUUUGACAAAGUCGGUUGUCAGGAACUGGAUCCAAAAGUCUUACUGUAUAAUCGUAUUUUCAAGACUGGAAGUUCCACUACUGAAUCUAUUAUUAUAAACUCGAGUUUAGCCAUGAAUUAUGGCUACAAAAUAGGUGAGAUUAAUGCAAAAGUCACUGCAGAAAAAAAUCACAAAAAAAUUUUCUAAUCACGACGCAGCUAAUAUAUCGACAAAUAAUCAGUCUGAAAACAAACCUAACCUAUCGAACCUACGGGCUUUUAACAACUAACCAAUCUUCUUACCUAAAGCAAGAAAUUAAAUCUAAAAGAAACCUAACUGGCACUGAUUCAUUCAUUUACCCACUUUUUCAUUCAUUCAUUUAUUCACUUUUCCAUUCAUUCAUUCAUUUAUUCAUUCAUUUAUCCAUCCAUCCAUCCAUCCAUCCAUCCAUCCAUUCAUUCAUUCAUUCAUUCAUUCAUUCAUUCAUUCAUUCAUUCAUGCAUUCAUUCAUUCAUUCAUUCAUUCGUUUGUUUAUUCGUCCUUCACUCCCGCUCUCAUUCACUUUUCUCUUUUAUAUACAGACAUGCUUUCAUGUUUCUUAACAAAUCUUUAUGGCUUGUUUAACCAAAGAAUUUCAAACUUAUUUUUUACCAAACAUUAACUAACUUACUAAAGAUAAACUAUAGUACAACAAAAUUAAUAACAGUAUUACCAGAAAGUGGAGUCUUAGGAAAUUGUCUUAGGACACUUCGAGCCUAAUUAAUGGUGAAAUAAGGUUAUGGGGGAGAGAAAAGGAAAAGAGCACUGAGUCCUUAGUUCUUCACUGAAGCAACAGAGCGGUGCGAGUCGCACAGUCAAAUUUUGUCCUCCCUUCACUUAAGUAUUGAGGUCAUGCCCAGUAUUAGCCUGCGAAUACAGCUUCCUCUCCUCGCUCUUUGCCACUAGGCAUUUUUAGCGUUUCGUUUCGUCUCGGCUCCCACCAAACGUUCCUAGCGGCGAGAAGGGAGAAGGGACGGUUACAUUUACAGGCGAAAAAGUAUUGAAGGAUAAUAAGUUGUCGCUAUGUUAAUCUAAGCAACAUCUCUUGUUUACAAGGAACGACGGAGGACUGGUACGACAAAGGUGAGUCUGGCCCGUAUCCUGGACUUAUCAUAAGAAAAGCCAAUAAGAAACUCCUCAAACGUCCGCGCAUGGCUUUCGUGGCACACUUUUACUUUAGAAGCAACUUAAACUUACCGCAGGCUCACACAUAUAUAAAUCAAGUCAGAGACCCUAUAAGACGACUGGUGUCCCAUUAUCAUUAUAUGAGGAGUACAAACAGACCCACGGACAGAAUAAAAGAAUUUCUUAACUCUGGAGAAAGGAACGAAUCUCUUAAGCAGUGCUUUAGACGACAGCACAAAGGAUGCAGGAACAACGUAAUGACAAGGUUUUUCUGCGGGAGACAUUCUUACUGUCUUCGAGGAAACUGGAGGGCUUUGCAGAAGGCGAAGCAUAAUAUAAAACGGUAUUACGCUGCUGUGGGUCUAUUGGAACACUAUGAGGUUUAUCUUCAGAUUCUUUACAGGCGUUUGCCAAAGUUCUUUCAUGAAGUAUCCAGUUAUGACAUUGGUAAAUAUAACCCUUCUUACAGAUUUGACAAUGUUCCUAAAGAUCUCAUUAUCGAGAUCACUAAGGCCAACUGGGCCGAUGCAAGGCUUUAUUCGUUUGUGAAGAAACGCUUCUGGCAGCAAGCUAAAGUCUGCGGUUUCAAAUAA